AUGCCAGACCAAUUUAUCGAUCAGCCAAACCCGCCCCCAGGGGAAAGCCAUUUACCUGAUGGCGCUCUGCAGCUCGUUGUACCCGCAAGCGAUAAGGGAUUCUUGUCAGACAAAGACCGUCAUGUUGUACAAAAGUUCAGACGAGCCGCCGACUACUUAGCAGCCGGGGAUAAUGUUCUGGUCCAAGAGCACUUGAAACCGGAGCAUAUCAAGCCUCGUCUUCUAGGCCAUUGGGGUACUUGUCCUGGGCUAAACUUGGCCUAUGCACAUAUCAAUCGUCUAUUAAGUAACCAUACCGAUCUGCGGAGUAUGUUUGUCGUUGGGCCUGGGCAUGGCGCUCCUGCAAUUCUCGCCUGCCUAUGGCUAGAAGGGAGUCUCGGUCAUUUUUAUCCCAACUAUACAAUUUCUGCAUCCGGCCUAAAUCGAUUAAUUACGGGCUUCAGCACUCCCGGGGGAUUCCCAAGUCAUGUUAGCGCUGAGGUACCUGGCUCCAUACACGAAGGCGGUGAGCUAGGUUAUGCGCUAUCCGUAGCAUUUGGUGCUGUCUUUGAUAAACCCGAUAUGGUUGCAGUUUGUGUUAUCGGCGACGGUGAAGCGGAAACUGGCCCAACCGCGGCCGCUUGGCAUGGUCAUAAAUAUCUAGACCCGGCUGAAUCAGGUGCAGUUAUACCUAUACUUCAUGUCAAUGGCUUCAAAAUCAGUGAAAGAACGAUUUUUGGGUGUAUGGAUAACAAGGAGAUGGCGUGCUUCUUCAGUGGACUGGGGUACCAACCAAGAUUCGUUGAAGAUUUGGAAGAUAUUGACAACGACAUGGCAGCUGCUAUGGAGUGGGCGCUAUUGGAGAUCAAGAAGAUACAAAAAGCAGCAAGAGACGGAAAUCCGAUAUCAAAACCCAGAUGGCCCGUAAUAGUCAUGAGAACACCAAAGGGUUGGGGUUGCCCGGCACGAUUAGGGGACAAAUUUAUCGAAGGAAGCUUUCAUUCCCACCAAGUUCCCCUCCCAGCCGCAAAAAAAGACGAAGAGCAACUCAAACUGCUAGAGGGGUGGCUAAAAUCUUACAAUAUUGGGGAACUCAUUGACGCAAAGACAGGCGGUCUAGAUGCAGAUAUUACAUCUAUCGUUCCUAAAGAAACAGAAAGAAGGAUCGGGCAGGUCGCUGAGGCGUACAAGGGUUAUACACCACUCGAUUUACCCGAUUGGAUGAAUUUUACCUCUAAAAAGAGCGACAUUGAGAUCAGUGGAAUGCAGAGCAUCGGUGAAUUUCUUGUCAAAGUCAUCGAAAACAACAAGUCAACCUUCCGACUAUUCUCCCCAGAUGAGCUUGAGUCCAACAAGUUAAACCUUGUGUUUAAAGUUACUGGGAGGAAUUUCCAGAGCGACAAAUUUUCUCGCGCAAAGGGAGGUCGUGUCAUCGAAAUACUUAGUGAACACACUUGUCAAGGAUUUAUGCAAGGCUACACUCUCACAGGUCGGACAGCAAUAUUUCCUUCGUAUGAGAGCUUUUUAGGAAUCGUACACACUAUGAUGGUUCAGUAUUCCAAAUUCAACAAAAUGGGCCAGGAAACGAAUUGGCGGGGCCCUUUACCUAGCAUUAACUACAUCGAAACUUCUACGUGGACCAGGCAAGAACACAAUGGAUUCAGUCACCAAAACCCGUCUUUCAUAGGCGCCGUUCUGGGCCUUAAAGCAACAUAUAGCAGAGUCUACUUUCCUCCAGACGCCAACUGCCUUCUCUCCACGCUUUACCAUUGCUUGAAAUCGAAGAACUACGUAAAUCUGAUUGUAGCAUCGAAGCACCCAACGCCAAUAUAUCUCUCAUCAGAGGAUGCACAAACUCAUUGCCAGGCUGGCGCCACUAUCUGGAAGUUCGCAUCUACGGAUGAAGGGAUGGACCCCGACGUUGUCUUGUGCGCGAUUGGUACAGAGACAACGUUUGAGGUUAUCUCCGCCGCCGCACUACUCAGGAAGAAAAUCCCAGAACUUCGAGUGAGAGUUGUUAACGUCACCGAUCUGAUGGUUCUUGGCAGCGAUCACCCCCAUUCUUUGGAUGAAGCUGGGUUUGAAAGUUUAUUCACCAAAGAUAGGGACAUCGUGGUGAACUAUCACGGGUACGGAAAUGAUGUCAAGGGAUUGCUAUUUGGGCGAAAGAAUAUGGAGAGGGUAAUUGUUGAAGGAUACUCUGAGGAAGGAACAACGACCUCUCCAUUCGAUAUGAUGCUUCGUAAUAACGUCUCCCGAUAUCAUGUCGCCGCGCACGCCGUCCGUAGUACGUCAUUGAAUAAUUACAAGGUCACUGUUCGCCAACAGGAACUCGUUAGUGAAUUUAUGAGUGAGGCGGAGAAGAUGAAGCAAUAUAUUUACGAGCAUGGCGAAGAUCCUGAAGACUGUUAUCAGGCACCAAAAUUCGAGUAG